AUGAAAAGAGACUCUGGAUGUUCCACUGUGGCUGAGCAGCAGAAGCAGGAGGAGAAGAUCUGGGAUGCCGUGAAGAUCACUGCCUAUGUCCUGAUGGUGGGGCUGCUCACAUUCACUGCUUUAAUGAACACUGUUUCUGGGUAUGUACAGGAGAUAUGGGAAACUUCAGGCCAUUUCUGGCAAGCAACAUGGCUAAAGCUCUACAACUUUUUUGAGGGAAGGGAGUGGGCAAUCUUCUUCUUUGGUGCUGCACUGGUUCCUAGUCUUGUUUUUUGGAGUUUCAAUGGAAUCCUUAUGGUGGCUGAUGUAACAGGAAAACCAGAUUUCAUUACUCGGUAUCGCAUUCAGCUGGGCAAGAAUGAUCCUGUGGACACCCAGAAAUUGCAGCAAGCGAUAUACACAGCGCUGUGUAAUCAGUUCUUUGUGUCCUUCCCUAUGCUUAUACCCAUGUUCUACAUCAUGAAAUGGUGGGGAAACACCUUCAGCAUGGAACUACCCACCUUCCGCUGGUUCCUUGUGGAGCUCAGCAUCUUCACCAUCCUAGAGGAAAUGCUCUUCUAUUAUUCACACAGGCUUGCUCACGUCCCCCUCCUGUACAAGCACAUUCACAAGAAGCACCACGAAUGGACAGCCCCCAUUGGAGUCGUCUCCAUUUAUGCUCACCCCGUGGAGCACAUACUCUCCAACACGUUACCCGUCAUGACGGGCCCGAUGGUGAUGGGGUCUCACAUCGCUUCCAUCGCGGUGUGGUUCUCCCUGGCGCUCUUAACAACGAGCAUUUCGCACUGCGGCUACCACCUGCCCCUGCUGCCGUCGCCGGAAUUCCACGACUUCCACCACCUCAAGUUCAACCAGUGCUACGGAGUCCUGGGACUGCUGGAUUAUCUUCAUGGAACAGACACCCUGUUCAGACAAACAAAAGCCUACAAGAGACACCGAGUCCUCCUCAGCCUCACACCGCUCUCCGAGAGCAUCCCUGAUUCUCCCAAGAGAGCAGAGUGA